UCGUUAUAGCAAUUAGCAAGCGUUGUGCCGUGAUCCGCCCAUCGGGCAGUUGCGGCGUUUGAAAAUGGCGGCUUCUCCGGUCCUCGAACUACUGAGUAAAGAUCCGAGUGCAACGCGCUGCUCUCCGGUGCCUGUCGACGGCCGUCAUUCAAACGAUGUGUUCGGCGGUCGGCGAAAAUCGACCUCUCCGCUGCUCAAUUUCGCUGAUCUGCGACAAGUCGACGCUCAAGUUUUGUCAGCUCGAGGUGUCGUUGCUCCGUCACCAGGCUUGAUACGAGCGCCGGCCCAUCAGCGUACUCUCGUACAAGGCUCAGUUGGUACGUCGCAUUUCAUCGCUCCGUUAGCGCCAAGUUUGGUCGUCUGCACGGCUCCACAUUCACUCACCGGUUUGACUCAUCACCCGCAUGCCGGCUUUUUGACAGAACUAGCCAUCAUAGCGACCAGCUCGCACAGCCCAUUGAUGAAAAUCAUACCCGACGACAUCUCAACUAGGCAUGCGCUGCCGGAAGUAAAUUCCGUUGUCACGGGCAACGAGGAGGAAAGAAUUUCGCCAAACCAAGCGAGCAAUGCACUAGUGAAGUCGAUAAAUCCUGAUUUGACUUGGAGUUGCUUCCUCGCAUCUUGUUGGAUACAAAACUCUGAGGGAGUCUGGGUUGGGGUCGACGACAUGCGAAGAGAUAUAACUGCUGCGCAAUUUGAUGUGGAGUGGGAUGAUCAACUGCGGUUGAUUAGCUAUACUACAGCUUUAGGAAACGACGAUGUAAUGUUGGCUACGUUCACUGUCGUUCAAGAUAAUCAACAUCGAGUGACUGCAUUAGUCCCACUCGAUCACCCAUUUAUUGUAAAAGGAAAGGGAUGGUGUUCGUUUAGCCCUCUGCAGACGGAACAAAAUUACAAGCUAGAGCACUGUCAGUCACUAGAGCUACACGAUGUAUGUCUACCGUUUGAGUCUGACAACAUGUUUCUUGCUAGUAGUGUCCAGGGCCUUGGGCUUUCAGAGUUGGACUCGGAUGCUGUUUUAGCCCUUAGCCUUAUGGCUAGACAAAGAAAUGAGUUGAAUCUGUCAAGACACUCGUCAUCUAUAGUUUCUAGUUCUGCUAGCAAGAAACGUGGCUCGAAACGGAACCCAGACAGAGUGAAACGGCCAAUGAAUGCUUUUAUGUUAUUCGCGAAAAAGUAUCGACCGGAAAUAACCCAAGACAAUCCUGGAAAAGACAACAGAACAAUAAGUGUUCUUUUGGGUGAUAAAUGGAAGGAGAUGUCAUGGGAGCAGAGAGAGGCAUUCGUUGUUGAAGCAAGGUACCUUGCUGAGCAACAUAAACGACUCAACCCGGACUGCUGGAAACGACGUAAACUGCAUGAUUCUAGCAAAGCAAGGAGUCCUCACAAGAGCUGAGGGUUGUUUUCACUGUUAUCAUAUGAGAAAAGUGUUUUAUUAAUUUUGUACAUGUUGGAUGGACUGAGCUAUUUAUGAGCUCGACCGACUUCAAUAGAAGUUGU